UCUCUCAUUCUAUUUCGAAUGAGCAAGCUGUGCGGACGUGUUUAGCUCGUUUAGUGCGGUACCUUUGACUCCUAUUUGUUUUAUUUUUUUUUAGUAUUUUUGUUGUUUGUGUGAUUUCAAACUGCAUUUCAUUUUGCCUGUGGUUGUGUGUGCCUGCCAGUUUUUAUGGCCAACUAAUAAUCUUAUCGCAAGCAUGAGUCGAAGCACAAGUUAUUACUAAGUGUCAUCGUCGCGUUAAAAUUGGCCUUAACAUUGAAAUAGCACUGUAAGCCCCGAAAGUAACAACAAACCAAGCCACAGGCAAAAAAAAAAAAAAACAAACGAAUUUUCCCCCCGCCCCACUGUCCCGCGAAGUGACAGAGAGAAUGCCUGUAAAAUCGGUAACGCGCCAGCAGAGCCAAACGCCCGCCCAGCAGCUGCAGCAGCAGCACCAACGGGAUGUUGAAAAUGGGCUUUAUCCUAAUAUACCGCCCGAGCGGCGAUCGCCAUCGCGUCCAGUGCGGCCGCCAACGCUGCGUCAGGACACCAUUGAUAUGGAGGAGAUACCACUAAAUCACUCCAAUUCAGUGCAGGAGCCAGAGGAUCGCCGAAAAAUGCGCGAAAUAUUCGACAAGCACGACUCGGACAGAGAUGGGCUUAUCAACACACACGAGCUGAAGGGUCUCAUAUCGGAUGGCUACUGCCGGGACAUACCGGCGUACAUAGCCGAGCAAAUACUGCACAGGAGCGACAUGGACAACAAUGGGCAUCUGGACUUUGACGAGUUCUAUACCAUGUCGCUGCACCACAAGUGGAUGAUACGCAAUAUGCUGACCAGAUAUUGCCGGUAUGUGGUCCCACCGCCAAAGCCAUUGGAGGGCGAUGAGCCGGACGGUGCGUACGAGAAACAAAUGUCCAUCUGCCCGCCGCCGCUGACCAUGGUCAUCUUCUCGAUCAUCGAGAUCAUUAUGUUUCUGGUGGACGUCAUCUACUUUCAGGACGAUCCGAACCACAACCAGCGCCUGGGCGAGAGCACCAACGGACCAGCGGCGACGCUCUUCAUUUACAAUCCGUACAAGCGCUACGAGUCGUGGCGUUUUCUCAGCUAUAUGUUUGUGCACGUGGGCAUUAUGCACCUCAUGAUGAAUCUGAUCAUACAGAUUUUCCUUGGCAUUGCCCUGGAGCUGGUGCAUCACUGGUGGCGUGUGGCGCUCGUCUACUUGGCCGGCGUACUGGCCGGAUCAAUGGGCACCUCACUGACCAGUCCACGAAUUUUUUUGGCAGGCGCCUCCGGCGGUGUAUAUGCCCUUAUUACAGCACACAUUGCGACGAUCAUCAUGAACUACUCGGAAAUGGAGUACGCGAUUGUGCAGCUGCUUGCCUUCCUUGUGUUCUGCUUCACCGAUCUGGGCACAUCCGUGUACCGUCAUCUGACUGAUCAACAUGACCAAAUUGGAUACGUAGCGCAUUUGUCUGGGGCCGUUGCUGGCCUACUUGUUGGAAUUGGCGUGCUGCGCAAUCUGGAGGUGCGUCGCUGGGAGCGCAUACUCUGGUGGAUGGCUGUGCUCGUCUACUUUGCGCUCAUGACCACCGGCAUCAUUGUGCACAUCUUUGUGCCCGACUACUUUCCCAAACCCGAAUACAACUGAUCGCCAUUGCGAUCCCGACCAAUGACAAAUUAGCUUUAAGUCGCGCAUAGCCUUAGCCUCAGGUUGUCCAUGUACAUGUCCAAAGUGCACUUGAUGUUGGCCAUCUAUUGGCUAGAGCACGUGUCAUUUUAAGGCUUUAUUCUAUGCUAUUUUUCUACCAUCUUUAGCGUGUGGCACACAUUGAGCAUCAUUUGCUGUGCCCCUCCCUACUCUCCCUAAUUUAUGAUUUAUAUACCGCAACAAAUUACCUUUGAUAACACUUCGCUAACAGAAAGAGCAUACUUUCGAUCGGAACUAAUUUAGCCCAUUUCCCUGGGCAGCUUGUCAUGCUGAUCAGAAUGACCCCGUUGGCUCAGCACUUAGCAAUAUACAUUUUAUUUGGUUUGUCGGAAGGAGCGGCCGAUAAAUUAUUUAUCCAUUUUCUUAUUACUCAUUACCCAAACUAAUUCAAUCAUAUUAUCCUUGCAUUUGCUCUCGACUUGUUUAGCCAAAACAUUACCCUACAUUUAUGCGACUAAGUAUACUUAUAUAUGCUAGAAUUCUAAGGUAUCAUUUAUUUUUCGAUACAAAUAUUUCUAUAUAUAUGGCACACUCUGUGUCUAAGGGCUUAAAAGGGCACGGCUCUCUUGCUCCCAAAAAAGCUAACAUACAUUGAUCACAAAUUGGAUUUUUCUCACACCGUUCAAUCAAUUAAUACUUGUUAGUCCCAAAAGUCGAACGGUUCAGAAAUCUGCCUGCCCGUUCCCAUUGGCCAGGAUAACACACAUGUUGUUCAUGCUGUCACUUAUUUGACACGAUGACUAGUUACUUAAAAACAUAUGUAUAUGUAUAUAUUUUUUAUAUUUAUAACACAUUAUUGUAUUACUCUAUACACAUAUUUAUUUUUGUAACAUUUACACUGCACACUGCGAAAGCCUACUUUGCCAGGACCUCUCCAUGUACACAACUAAUAUACUUACGCACAAUAUACAAAAUACCCAUACGCCCGGUUAAAUAAUCUAAAAAGAUAAUGUUUGUCAAGUAUUUUAAAAUAGUUGUGCAUUUCACAAAAGUUUUACAAUGCGUAAUCUUAACAAUUCUUCAUUUGUACAAAAACAAAAUAUGUACACGUAAAUUACGCAAUUCCAGUAAUAAAAAUAUGUAUUAGAUUUA